AGCAAAACAGAACUUUUAAAAGAAUUUGUAAGGAACAGGAAAAUAGACAACAAAAAAUGUAUGCAUCCAUUUACAAAUUGUGAUUGCAACGAGCCGUGCGCGCGCAUCAUCUCCCACACACACAGCGGAUUCUUCAAUUUGUUUCCCUUCCUUCCCUUAAGAAAGAAUCGGUAACUCACGUUCGCGAAGUUCAACUUGCACACCCCUCUACCGGGCCGCCAACGACUGUUCCAGAUUGAUGGUGGCUGAUUGUUGCUGAUGUCAAUAUGAAUUGGAACAGUCGAACCACCGAUGACAUGCUGUGCCAGUAUCGUUAAGUUGGAGCAAAACCUGAAGUAUAUCCUGACGUCUGAUAGCAGAAAUGAAAAAUAGCAAAGACAGGGAGGAUUUUUGGAUGCCCACCACCGCUGAACUUAAUGUUAAUGACGUGAUUAACGGGACGUCAAUCGACUGGGACAAUUGGGACCUAUUGUUGUGGACGCCGGAACAACGCACACUUCUGGAGCAGGGCGUUAUACCAAGAGAAGUUCAUGUGGCUUUUGGUGUCCUUCUCAGUCUUAUAGUCAUCUUCGGAUUUGCCGCCAAUUCCACAAUCCUUUACAUCUUCUCAAGAUUUAAACGCCUGAGGACGCCGGCCAAUGUUUUCAUCAUCAACCUGACCAUUUGCGAUUUCCUCGCUUGCUGCUUGCAUCCGUUGGCCGUCUACUCAGCUUUCCGGGGUCGCUGGUCCUUUGGCCAAUCAGGAUGCAACUUGUACGGCAUGGGGGUGGCGUUUUUUGGACUCAACAGCAUUGUCACGCUGUCUGCCAUUGCGUGCGAGCGUUACAUAGUCAUCACGUCGAGCAGCUGCCGGCCAGUCGUGGCCAAGUGGCGCAUCACGCGCCGGCAAGCACAAAGGGCUUGUGCUGCUAUUUGGCUGCAUUGCGGCGCUCUCGUUUCUCCACCUUUGCUGUUUGGAUGGUCAUCCUAUCUGCCGGAAGGAGUUUUGGUGACCUGCUCUUGGGAUUACUCGUCGAGGACGCUAUCCAAUCGACUCUAUUAUUUUUACCUCCUCUUUUUCGGAUUCUUCUUACCCGUCUCCGUUUUGACCUUCUGCUAUGCGGCAAUUUUUCGAUUUAUUUUACGCUCUUCAAGGGAGAUCACCCGAUUGAUUACGACUAGCGAUGGUUCGACAUCAUUCAGCAAAUCGACAGUAUCGUUCCGUAAAAGGCGGAGGCAAACGGAUGUCAGAGCUGCCCUUAUCAUUUUAUCGCUGGCGAUCCUCUGUUUCACUGCCUGGACGCCGUAUACCAUUGUCAGCCUGAUUGGCCAGUUCGGCCCAGUUGGUGAAGACGGCCAGAUGAAUCUGUCACCUAUGGUGACUUCGAUUCCGGCAUUCCUGGCCAAAACUGCCAUCGUCUUCGAUCCACUCGUGUAUGGAUUCUCCAGUCCGCAGUUCAGAUUUUUCGUACGACAGAUCCUGCGCCAACAAAGUCUGUCUAGCAGCGCCAACGGGUUUCGUGCCGGACCGAACAACAUGAUGAUGGCUAGCACGAGGACAGCGAUGCGGAAUUCCAGGUCGCCUCGUGCCAGUUCACAGUUGGUCUUUUCGUCUUGCAGUCGCAGUGUCAGAACGAAUCAGAAAGAACCGAUUUAUCGCCAAUCGUCAAACGAUCCUUCUGCUUUAACGGCGAUUCAUCAAUGUCCACAAGUUCGUCUUUCAACUGAGCCUGACAUCAACCAACAACUUAUCAGAGGCGGUUUGAGAAAAUCCUGCAUCAAGCGAAAUAACAGCUUCCAGUGUUCGAACAGAAAAAGCAUUCGGCUGAGAGAAGACAAAGAUAGUCAGGGGGUGCCGGAAGAGGCAUCCGUAAACUUGUUUUCGCUGGAAAUCCCUCACAAUGAAAAAGAAUUCCGUAUUCUUGAUCAACAUCAAAUGCCCAGUAACAAUCAAGUGCGGGAUGCCACGGGGAAGCCGGAGAAACAGAGACGUUCCUCCGAGGCGGAUCUGAUGCGAUGCCACGAAAAAUGGGCAGACACUCAUCGAUUUUUAUCUGUAAGCACUUCCUUUGAUCGGUGAUUAAGAAGCUCUUCC